AUGGAGACGCGUGGGUGGACUGCUCCAGCUCCACUCCAGCUCUGGAACAGGUCACAGCAGCAUCACAGCGGUUAUACAGGAGUGUUACAGCCGCUGACCAGACCAGGGAAAAGUGAGGCCCCAGAGUCACUUUUGGCCCAAUCCAGUUUCUACAGUCACAUUUCCAAACGGCCCUGUGCAAAAACACUUUUGGGUGAGGGGGCUGCUUCCUGGAGGUCAGAGCUCAGGACGCUGGGGUCACAUCACUUCCUGUCCCUCUGCCUCCAUCCACCUCCAACUGCUGAGAUCUGUCCAAAGCAUUAUGUACAAACAGAGAUGUCACCAAGUCCAAUCCUGCUGUUCGGAGUGAAGUCCAAUGUCACCGUGAGUCAACAGGACGUGACCGGGACAGAAACAAAGAGAUGUAAUUCUACUCCAGAGCUCUUCCUGCAGGUGGGAGUGUGGGGAGACGAGGGGGAGGUGAGGGGGAGACGAGGGACUGGACUUUGA